AUGGCCGUGGAGUUGAGUGUAUUUGUGAUCUCGUCCGGUAAAAUUUGAAUUUUCUAACGAGUACAAAGUGUGUAUGUGAUAGCAUCGCGCCCAAAGUUGUUAACCAUGAGCUGGGCGGUGGAGGAGUGGAAGGAUGGACUUCCACCCAGAGCUCUGCAGAAGAUCCAGGAGAUGGAGGUCCAGCUGGAUAAACUAAAGAAGGAACGGACCCAGAAACAGUUUCAGCUGGACUCCAUAGAGGCUGCCCUGCAAAAGCAGAAACAGAAGGUGGACAGUGAACGUACUGAGAUCUCUGCUUUGAAAAGAGAGAACCAGUCUUUAGUCGAGUCCUGUGACUCUUUGGAAAAAGCCCGUCAAAAGACCGCCCAUGACCUCGGAGUCAAAGAGCAGCAGGUGAGCUACCUGGAGGGUCAGCUUAGCUCCUGCAGGAAGACCAUAGAACGUCUGGAGCAGGAGCUCAAGAAGUACAAAAAUGAACUGGAUCGUUCUCAGCCCGCUGGCUCUUCUUCCUUGUCGUCCUCCUCAUCUGAACUUCAGCCUUACACUACACCACAGAAAAGCUUCUCUACUCCAGCUCCUGUCCCAGUCCACAGACAACAAGAUAAUAGGAUAGAGGAGCUUCAAGAGAAAUACAGCCAGGAGGUAGAAGAAAGAAAGAGGCUGGAGAAUGAGCUCAAAGUCCUGCAAGUCAAACUGUUGAAUCAGUCAUCUGUCAGUGUAAAUCACAAGGACAUCGCUGCCCGCCAAGCUGGAUCUUCCAUAUUCCCAUGGCAACAGCAAGAUCAGGCCCACAAUCGUCACUGCCAUGAUGCAAUGGAAACACCUCUGAAGAGGCGGGGGACAUCCCUGUGGGAUGCCCACGAGGAGACCCCUAUCAAACCCAGCCAGAGAAUGAGCUGUUCCAGAACAGUGCAGAGUCCCAGUGGAUCCUCCCAACAGAUGGAGCAGCUUAAGAUUCUCAAUCAAGAGCUGCGUAGCCGGGUGUCAGAGCUGGAGAGGAAUCUGUCCAGUCAGGAGAAGGAGAUUCGUAGCCAGGUCUCUAAGUUGCAGGAACUACAAUCUCAACUGAACCAGGCACGUAAAGAUCUGACUGAACGGGACAGAGACUUGGCCAAGACCAGCUAUGAGCUGAGUCAGGCCACAGACAGACACCAGCAGGUUGAGGCCAAGUGUUCAUCCUUUGAGCAGAAGCUGAAACAGGUCACGGAGGAGCUCAGCUGUCAGAGGCACAAUGCUGAAAGCUGCCGACGAGCUCUGGAGCAGAAACUCAAGGACCAAGAGAGAGACAGUCAGAAGGAGCUGGCACAGCUACAGAGCUCCCACCAGGCUUUGGAACAGCAGCUGAACCAGACCAGAACCAAGUUAACACAAGAAAUCCAACAGUCUAAAAAAGACUACAAUGUACUGCAGGCUGACAUGGAGAAGAUGUCUUUCCAAAAGAAACAGAUGGAGAAGGAGGUGGAAGAGCAGAAACAGAAACUGUUGAGGUCAGAGCAGAGCCUCCAGAUCAGCCAGACCAAAGAGCAGGACCUCCGCAAGAAAGUAGAGGAACUACAGAAAGAGAAGACCAGUGUGACUGUCCAGUUGGACCAGAGCAGCAGGCGCCUGUCUCAGCUGGAGGAAGAGAAGAAGAGUGUCGAGCAGAGCCUCAAACGCACCCAGGGACAACUAGAUGACUUCAAAGCAAAAUCAGAGGGACAGAAUGAAGAGCUGAAGAGACUUAAGUCAAAACUGGAGCAGCAGACGCAGGCUUCAGCCCGAGAGCUGGAAAACCUGAAUAAGACUCUCUCUGAUGCAGAGACCAGACAUGACCGAUCUCGGAAUGAGCUGCAGGAACAGAAACAAGAGACAGAGAGGCUGAACAACAGGAUGACAGUUGUGGAGAAGGAGAGACAAGAGCUGAAAUCCAACCUUGCUGUGAGUCAGAAUGAGUGUAAGGAACUGAAACAAGAACAUCAAACUCUGCUGGAGUGGAAGAAAGAGAAGAAGACCUUGAUUGAGGAAACUGAAGCUGUGCAGAAGAAGCUCACUGACCAAGUUGGCAAGUUGGAGAACAGUCUCAGCUCGCUGAAUGAGGCUAAUGAGGAAUUUAAGAAGCAGCUUGUAAGUGCAGAGGGAGACAAGGCCAGGCUAUCUGCUCACAUCGACUCACUGAAGGGAGAACUCCUCAACAAAAGCAUGGAGUUGGAGGAGCGAGAGCUCCGGUACAAGGAACUGCAGUCUCAGCUCUCUGAGGCUGAACAGAAGCAAGCUAAAGACCUGGAGAAUGUUGGUGUGCAAGUGGUACAGCUCGAAGCUCAGUUUCGCCACCUCGAUUUGCAGCUGCAAAAGGAAAUAACUCGAGCAGAGCAGGCUGAGAGGACAAAUACACAGCUGCGUGACGAGCACCAGGUAGCCUGCGACUUGGUCCGCUCCAAAGAUCAGCUUGUAGAGCUGGGCCAGGCUGAGAUCAGCCAGCUGAGAGAACAGCUGGCCCAGGCCACUGCACAGCAGGAGGAGCAGAGUACUAGGUUCUUGGAAGAGAAGGCGGCCUUACUGAAGAAGUGUGAGGAGAGUGUUUCAGCAAAGGAUGAAGAGACGGAGCAGAUCAAGCUGCGGUUGGAGGAGGCUCAGCAAGAGCUACUCCUCAACAAAGACCAGGUCAUUUCUGUGGAGCAGCUCCUGAAGAUUCAAGAGCAACUGAGAACUGAGCUGCAGAAUCAAGUUAAGACACUGUCAGACAAACAAGAGGAAGACAAAAAGAUGUACGAGAAACAAUCAGAAGAGCUCGUAUGGUUAGAAAAGGAGCUGAAGGAUCAGCAGAGUCAGACACAAGAGAAGGAGAAGGAGAUCAGGGAGGCAGAAGCUCAGAUGUUGUCUCUGGAGAACCAAAAGGCUGAGUUGGAAAAUUUAGUGCAAGAGAUGAAGAAAGAAGCAGAGAUCCUCCAGCACGCUCAGACUGAGAAGACCAACCACCUCCUGGAGCAGAUAUCUCGCUUAGAGGAAAACGUAGCUGCAAACAGAGAUGCAGCAGAGAAGCUUCUAGUCUUGAGGAAUGAACUGGAUGUGGUCAACCAGUCCCACGCUGAUCUUAAAAAGUCUCUAGAAGCGCUUGAGCAAAGUCACUCCUCCACUAUAGAAAUCAAGUCCAACCUGGAGAACACCCUGACAGAAAAAAAUAUCUUGGUCUCUGCUUUGGAGAAAGAGGUUAAAGAUGUCACAGAGGAGAAGAGCAAAAUGUUCCAGAGUCAUGCUUUGGAGAUUGAAAAUUUCCUAGAGAAAGAGAAGAGCCUCAAAGAACAGCUCGAAGCUGCAAAGCGGUCAGUUGCUGCUGCUGCCAAAGCAGCAUCAAGCUCUUGUCAAGAGGAGAUCAAGACCAUGAAGACGACUCUGUCUGCUGCAUCAUGCGGCUUGGAAGAAAGAGACAACACCAUCAAGGGUCUGAAGGAGAAGCUGAUUAAAGCAGAGGCAGAGCAAGCCAAAACCUCAGACCUCCUGAAGGAGAAGAUGGUCGCCAUGAACAAAAUUAAGGUGCAGAUGGAGAUGCUGCAAAUGGACCUGGAGGACAAUGAGACCACCAUGAACUUCUUUGUUCAUCAGGUGGAGGAGCUGAAGGGAAAUGCAGAGUCACUGGAGGCUCAGCUUGCUCACAACAAGGCCCAAAUGUCUGACAUGGAGGCCAGGCUGGAGGAUGGCAAAUCUCAGGUCUCUGUCUUGGAAGCCCGCUUAGAGGAGGUCCAGUCCCAGAACUCUGUGCUGGAGGCACAGUAUGUCACCGCUAAAGAGGAGUUAUUUGACAGGAGCUGUGAAAUAACUCGUCUGGAAGAGGAUGCUGUCAAACGAAACCAGCUUGAGGAGAGUGUUGCUGCAUUAGAGGCUAAACUCUGUCAGAUCACAGAGGAAAACGUCAAGUUAGAGACAGCUCUCAGGCAGAUAAUUGAAGACAAAGACAAUAGUCUCAACCUGUUAGUCCAGGAGAAAAACAACCUUGAAACUAGAGUGAGACAGUUAACAGAUGACAAAGAGGAAGCAGAAAAUGAAAUGAUUAAAGUAAGGGCAGAGAAGAAGCAGCUGGAAGUCAGUCUAGACCAACUAUCUGAGGAGAACAGACAGCUGCAGACCAGUGUCAAGCAGUUAACCGAAGAAAAGCAGGGAACAGAAGCACAGAUUGAUCAUUUGAUUGCUGAGAAACACAAAGCUGAGAAAACUCUUAGUCAAGUCACUGAGGAGAAAGCCCAGUUAGAUGUUACCCUUAGCCUGGUAAAUGAGGAAAAAAGCCAACUUGAGGCUAAAUUUGAUGAACUAAACUCGGAGCAAAAUGAUUUGUUUACUAACUUGAAUCAGGUAAUUAAGGAAAAGCUUCAGCUGGAAAUGAACUGCAGUCAGCUAACUGAAGAGAACUUCAAACUACAGUCGAGUGUGAAUCAAGUAAUGGAAGAGAAGCUGCAGUUGCACCGAAGGGUAGAGAGGCAUGAAGGUGAGGUGGCUUCUCUCAAAGAGGAAAACGAGUGCAUGCAGCGCUCGCUCCAGUCCUCAGAGCAGGAACAGCAGAGGCUGAGGGAGCAGCUGGAGAUGAGGGACAAGAGGAGCGAGGAGCAGAACAGAGAGAGGAGCCGUCAGUUUGAGGCAGAGCAGGCUGAACUGCAUCAGAAGCUGGCAAGCCUACAGGAGGAGCUGGUUGUGCUGAAGCAGAAGUGUGAUUCACUACUGCAACAGGUGGGACAGCAACACAGCCUCAUACAGGAGCUCUCUGAGUCACAGGAAACCCAGAAGCCACGAGAGAACAUCUGCCACAUGGAGCCUGAUGAGACAGACACUGAUGCAGAAUCAGCACAGCAGGUUGACGUAGAGCCGACAUUAGAUACAAGCACCAAUACUGAGUCCCUUCCAGUAAAAGAGCAGCUGAUCCCUAUGGUGUCUGAGCCUGGUGAAUUUUCCCAGUGUCACGAGGCAUUCAGUGAGACAACACCAGUCUUCAAUGAGGACGUCAUCAAGCAAGAGAUGAUCCAGGAACAGCUGGAGGAGGAGAUCGAGGCAUGUGUGGCAGAGGAAAUGGGGAGUAAUGAGGAGCAGCUACACUAUCAGCAUCAACCGUUAGAUCAGCUUCCUGCAGACAGCAGAAGUCCCAGAGAUGUUUCUGAAAAGAAACCUGAAGCCUGUGAAGAGCCAUCUCAUGUACACGAUGACCUCAACCACUACAAGGAAAUGAUCAGAAAACAAGAAAAUGAACUUCAGACCCUGUACUCAGAGGCUGACCUACUCAGCUCUGACCUCACGCUGAGAAAGGAGCUGAUGACCGAACUGGAAGUCCAAGUUCAAAAUUUGGAGAAGAAACUUCAUGCAACAGAGGCGGAGGCCCAUGGUGCGGCACACAAACUAAACAAGCUGAACAAGGAGAAGAAUGAACUUGCUGAGCAGCUGGCUCAGCUGUCAGAGGAGAGGGAGACCUUAACCCUGCAGCUACAAACAUCUAAAUGCCAGCUGGCUGACGUUAUGGAGAUGCUUGAAGUACUGGAGAUGACUAAAGAUGGAUGGGACGAGAAGUUCCUCCAGCAGGAGAGCGAGCUGAAGCGGGUUCGCUCAGAGAAAGCUAAUCUGGAGCAACACAUCCUGGGCAUGGAGUCUGAGCUAGAGACCCUGCAGGAAGAGAGGACCCGACUGAAGGAUGAGAUGGAUACUCAGAAGAGAACUUGUACAGGAAUGGAGCAGCAGAUAGAAAUUUUUAUGGCGGAGACAACCCAGCUGAGAUCUGAACUUGUGUCCUGCACUGAGGAGCGAGAGGACCUGGACCGGUCUUUGUCCCAGUGGAGAGAGAAAGUUCACAGUCUGGAGAAGACCAACUGUGACACCAGAAACUUGAUUUCCAUCCUGGAGGAUGACAUCAGAGCAGGAAGGAAGGAGUUUGAAGUCCUGCAGAGCAACAUGGAGAAGCUGAAGAUGGAAAGGCAACAGCUGCUGGAGCAGGUUAAGGUGCUGGAGCAGGCAGUCUCUCAACAGAGUGGAGAAAGAGAAGAGCUUAUUGUCCAUCUUAACCGGAUCCAAGAUGACCACACCACUGCCAGUCAGAACACCGAGUCUAUGGUCGGCAAGAUACAGGCUUUAGAGGGAGAGGUGAGUCGCCUUUCACAGUCUCUAGAGUCCUCUCUGCUAGAAAAGGGAGAGAUUGCCUGUCGUCUGAACUCCACACAAGAUGAGGUCCAGCAGAUGAGGACUGGCAUUGAAAAGCUGCAGGUCCGCAUUGAGUCGGACGAGAGGAAGAAGAAGAAGAUGGGAGAGCUGCUCAAAGCUGCCCAGAAAAAGUCUGACUCACUGCAGGAUCGCAUUGAUACACUGGAGCGAGAGAAGGAAGAUGUAGAGCAAAGUCUAGAGGAGGCUGUUCUACAGGCAGAGACAGCCAAAGCUGAGCUGGAGGAGGAACAGCAAAAGGUGGAGGAGGAGAAGAAGGAGCUCAGUGAGAAACUAUCGUGGCUCUCUGCUGAGCUGGACAGCCUGAGAUCUGAGAAAGAUUGUCUGGAGAGGGAGCUGGAAGAGAAAAACAGAGAGCUAGAACAACUGAAGGCUGCUAAGGAGGAGCUGGAGAGAGGGAUGGAGAAGGCAGAGGUAGACAGAAGAGAGGAAGAGGAGAGGCAGAAAUACAGAGUAGAAGAGCUGGAGAAAGGAAUGAGAGAGGAGGCAGAGAGACAAAUAGAUGACCUCCAGGCACAGCUGGAAGCCUCUUGGCAGAGACAGGUCUUGCUUGAACAAAGGAGCACAGAAACUGAAGGGGAGAAAGAGAGGAUGCAGUCUCUUCUGGAAGAGUUGGAGAAGGAGAAAGAGUAUCUACAGAGCUCUGUAAAGCAGUGGCAGACAGAAGGAGAGAGACUUUGCUCUCUGAGAGAGGAGUGGGAGAAGGAGAGAAAUGACAUGAGGACCUACAGUGAGUCUUUAGAAAAAGAAAGUAAGGAACUCAAAACACUCAUAAAAGCUAAUGAGGAAGAAAGAGAAGUUUGGCAAAAAGAGAAAGAAGAGGAUGCACAUCAGAGACAAGCCUCAGUAGAAUCUAUCUCAUCUCUUAUGGCACAGAAAGAACAGAUGCAAAAAGAAACGGAGAAACUGCACUCUACUUUAAUGUCAGUAGAACAAGAGAGAGAUGACCUGCGCUGCACUCUGGCCUCUGUAAAAGAAGAGAGGGCAAGACUAGAACAAGAGCAAAGGCUGUCAGCAUGUGAGAAAGAGAAGCUUCAGUCUCUUUCUUUGAUAGAAAAGGAGAAUCAUGACAUGCAGCAAACUCUUUCUUCACUCAAGCAAGAAAAGGAAAGGAUAGAGGAGGAGAAACAGAAGGUAGAGAUGGGAACACAGGAGCUGCAGGCUUCCCUUGCUUUGAUUGAAGUGGAGAAAGAGAAUUUGCUUUCAGCUCUUUCUUCCCUGGAAAAUGAAAAGCAGAGAGAAGAAGGUGAGAAGGAGAAACUCAGAGAAGAACAAGGGAGUCUUCAGUCAGCAGUCACCUCUCUGGAGAAGGAGCUGGAAACAUACAAACUGACAGUCGUACAGCUCAAUGAGCAGGUGUUGGAGCUCACAUCUCGCUUCGCUCAGCUGUCUAAAGAGAGAGACGCUGCUCUGGGCAAGAUGAACCUUUGGAUGAAAACCUGCAAACAGCUAGAGCAGGAGAAGCAGUUGAUGAUAAACGGCUCAGGAGAUGGACAGAGCAGUGAGGAGGAGCACACUGAGGUGAAGCAGCUCAAGAUGGAAGCAGAGGAGAGGAAGAAGGAUGUGGAAGACACUUCUGCCCUGGAGCAGAAGAAGACAGAAACUGAAUUAAAAACCAAGGAGGUGGAAGAACUGAAGGCUGCUCUCGAUGGAAAGAAGAAGGAAAUGGAGGAGAGGGAUAAAGAGCUGGAGGAGAUGAAGAGUGAGAUGGAAGAGCUGAACAAGUGUCUAGAGGAGAAGACAAAAGAGGCUGAUGAGAGUGUGGUGAAAUACUGCAGCAUGAUGGUUCAAGUGCACAAACUGGAAGAGACCAACGCUGUGCUGACGGCUCGGCUGGAACAGAUUACGGCUACCCAGUGUGCUAAUGAAGCUAACGUCCGCUCCAGCAGCACGGACCGCGCACGCUGCCGUCGCUCAGGAAGGAAGGCUUCUUCCAAACAUCAGGAAGAAACGAUGGUUGACAACUUGGAGAACAUGGCAGCUCCAGCUCCUCGGAGGUCUUUUCAGGGGUCAUCUCCAGGGAAACGUGGUCACUGUGACAUUAGUGAUAAAGAUGGCGCCCAGGAGGCCCUGCACAACCUGACAAAGAAGAUCAGAGCCAACACAGCGGCUACACCCAAACCAAGAAGUGACCAGGAAGAAGAGGACUUCAGGCCUGAGGGACUUCCUGAACUAGUACAGAAAGGCUUUGCUGACAUUCCUCUGGGGGAGGCGAGUCCAUUCAUCAUAAGGAGAACCACCAGGCGCUGCAGUCCUCGACUGGCAGCCAGAUACACUACAUCUGCAGCUGACAGCAAGGUUUUAGGACCCAUACCCCUCCAGAGUCCCUCUGCAGACCGCUCCAGCUGUGAGGAAAAGUCUAUGAGAACACCAGAGCAGAAUGAGGAACAACUUUCUAGAGAACAAACACAACAGGGAGACAAAUGUCAAGUUCAGUAGAUCAGUGUAGACACAGACACUCACAGCGUUACUUUAAGAUUAUUUGUAGAAGGAUAAAACAAGUAGAGAAACACAAGGUGAACACUCCAUUUUUUUUAAAGGGAGAUGAUUGUUAAAAGUAACAUCUCCAACUUAAAACACUCGGUGUAUUUUCUUUUGGGAGAGACGUGGUUUUGUUUGCUGUUAAUAAACUUCCACAGCUGCAGAAGACUGAACUUGACUAACAGCUACACUUUACCCGCUGGUCUCUCUGUUCUUUGUCAGUGGGAAGUUGUUAACUAAAAAAAUCACUAGAGCGAGUAUGGGUUGAAGGCUAACGAGGAGCAGGUAUUAUGCUUUUUUUUUUUUUUAGUGAUAAUGAAACUCUCCAUCUUUGUUUUUUAAUGAAUGAGACGAUUCUUAUUUUGUAAAGCUUAUAAAUGUAUCUUCCUCUUGUGUCUUAUGUUUUCCACUGACUCACCAGUUGUACGUUUUCUUCUGUUCUUGUGGCUCAGUAUGUGAGAUGUCUUAAUCUUUGUACAUAGUAGAUGAUACAGUAUAUACUCGCAUUAGUAUCAGCUAUGCAUCAUCAACCUUUAACAUAUCACUUUCUGCUAGUGCAGCAAGGGUUGUAUAGACCUUCUGUUUUGACUUCAUUUCAUAUUUACCUGGUAUUUUAUACUCAGUCAAGGCAAAUCUUUCUUACAUAUUUUUUACAGCACAUGUUGAAUGUAGGUCUGACUUUGAUCUGUUUGGUUUUAUUUAGUGGUUGAUCAGUGUAACUGGUUCAGUAGGACCCGUUUCUUAAAGCUAAACCUGUUAAACAGA